AUGUCUGACGCAGGAGAAAAGAAGGCGUCUGAAGCCGGAGAACAAAAGGCCGCCAACUCCAAGACCUGGACUGAGGUUCAGAAGCUUGGUCUCCUCUUCGCCAUCAUCAACUCUUCCUGCGACAAGAUCAACUGGAAGGAAGUCAAGUUGCCAGAAGGCCGCUCCCUGAAGGCCUGCCAAGUCUGGCUCGACAAGCAGCGCACGGAGCUCAAGAAGCUGAAGGAGGCAGCGGGCGAGAACGGCGAGGAGGACACUCCAGCGAAGCCACCAGCCAAGACUCCAAAGAAGCGCGGUGCCAAAGCUGCCGUCGAGGGCGAGGAGAACGGCGACGAAGCCACUCCAAAGCCCAAGAAGCAGAGAGUUACCAAGAAGAAGACCCCCGCCAAGGUCACCGCUGCUGCUGACGACCAAGAGAAGGUCGAGAGCGAGACUCCGGUUGCCGAGGAGAAGGUCAAGGCUGAGGCCGAGGAUGAGGACACCAACGUGGAGAUGAAUUGA